AUGAACAAAGAUCAAAAACAAACAAAAACUUCGGAUAGCGCUACAAAGAAGACGGACAAACGGACGGACACAAACCCAAAACGAACGGAUAUAUGGACGCACCCAUUGACACAACAGACGGACAAAUGGACAACUCGGACCGACACUAGCGAACUGAGGAAGUUGGGAACUUCCUCAGAGGACGAACUCUUGGCCUCCAGCCAAGAGACGGUUGAUGGCAAAGCUGUGGGCCACAGCACGCCAUCAACCUUAAAUCAACCAUCCUCAUCCGCUGAUGCCAAGGGGCAAAAGCGCCAAAACGCUAAAAAAGGGAAAGCUCAUCCAAAGGACGCGGUCGAUAAGGCAAGGUGCCAAAAGGUGGUCGAUGAGUACCUGGCGUUCCAGGCCACCCAGAAAGCAAAAGCCGUGAAACGCAAUCGUUCGCAGGACGAAAGCGACAAACCAACGAAGAAGCCAAAAGUGUCCGUUCACACAGCUUCAAUACCAAAACCAACCAAACGCUCAUUUAAUGAGGUGACACGGGAUCACCUGCAAAUAGCGUUGGUUGACGAAUUAACUAACCGCGGUAAACCUGCAUCGGAUAAGUGGUCCGAAAUCGAGGCACGGCUGUCCCGCAUUGUCGUCGAUCACGUCAUGGCAAACCCGGAGGGUCAUGUGCCAGGAUUUGAUUCAAUGGAGGUGGUCCGCGGAUACAGGGUGAUCAAGUGCGACGAUCAACUCUCCCUUAACUUCCUGCAAACAGUUGUGGGCAAGAUCCAGAGCGACUGGGAAGGUUUGAGGCUCAAACUAAUCCCGGCCAGCGAAAUCCCUCGACGGCCGAGGGCCCGCAUCUGGAUUCCAAACAUGGAAUUCCAAGCUAAGCAGCUUAUUCCAUACCUGCAGGCACACAAUCGCACUGUUCCGAUGGAUGAUUGGAGCAUCAUCAAAGCGGAGGCUCCGCAAAAGAACAAUGUGUCCUUCCUUCUCCAAAUAUCGGAGGAGAGCAUCGAGCCACUGGGAAAAGUGGACAAUAAACUUCGGUUCGGCGUCAGGAAAGCGCAACUGAAGAUAUUCCGAUCUGCAAAUCCGGAGGAUGAACAGGACGAGGUUGACGGCUCCAACGAGUUGCUCACAGGCAUGCAACUUGACGACGCCGCAUCCACCAAAAACGAUGGCGCUAAUGAGCAGCACCCGGAAGUGCAGCUUGGCGACGCCGUCAAAUUGUAA